UCCUGCAAACAUGAGUCUGUGAGCAAACUCCUCUCUUUAGUAUCUGGCAGGCGCCUAACAGUUGCUUUAACUCGGCUUAUCCCUUGUUUUUCUCCUUCUUCUAACAAAUCUGCCUCUUCUAACAACUGGUUUUAUUUUGUUUUUUUGUUUGUUUUUUUUUUUUUACUUCACUGUUGUUGACCCCUUUCGAUGCUUCUGCCGGACUCGCGUGCGCGUGUGCGUGCGUGUUGUUUGGGACGCGCCGGACUGGGACAUCCGAAAUGACGGAGCCGUAGGGGAGGUCGGCGGAGCAGAGGCACGCUGCCGACGAUGGAUUUCAAGAAGACGAAAUUCGGACGGUUCAUGAAUGGCAGGGUACCAGCCAGUAAGAGAUACCAGCCAACUGAGUACGAACAUGUCGCAAACUGUGCUACACAUGGGUUCUGGAUCCUCCCGAGCCUUGUGGGCGGGUUGGUGCUGUACUUCCUGUCUGUGGACCAAUGGCAUUGUGUCGCCGCGGGGCUCUAUGGGACAGGGCUUACUGGCCUGUUUGUUACCUCAACCGUCUUCCAUACCGCCGCCUGGAAGAUCAGCCACCACAGGAAAGUGGAAGAACGUUUCCACAUGUGUGACAGAAUGGCCAUCUACUUCUUCAUUGCUGCCUCCUACUCUCCCUGGUUGAUGCUGAGGGAACUGGGGCCCUGGGCGUGUCACAUGCGCUGGUUGAUCUGGGUCAUGGCCUGCAUAGGAUCCAUUUAUGUCUUCUUCUUCCAUGAGAGGUAUAAGCUGGUGGAAUUGCUGGGAUAUGUGGGCAUGGGAGCCGUUCCUGCUCUGGUUGUCCUGUCAAUGGUGGACCAUGCAGGUGUGUGCGAGUUAGGAGUGGGAGGUAUAUUCUAUGUGGUGGGUGUGGUCUUCUUCAAGAGUGAUGGCCUCGUCCCAUUUGCCCAUGCCAUCUGGCACCUGUUUGUAGCCUUUGGAGCAGCCAUUCAUUAUUACGCCAUCUGGAGGUACCUCUAUUUGCCCGGGCACCUGCUGCAGACAUCUAGGUGACAACUAGACGUCUGUUCGGACAUCUGACCGUACUCUGCUGACAGACUCGCACGACUACAACUGCAGGAGUGAUGGAGAGAUGAUGAUCUGACCAUCAUUAAUGACCCAGGCUGUGCUUAAACAAAGUUGAUAUGGACUUGCGAGUGAAAAUUCUCCCCCAGCUGAUGCUACCAGGGACCGAACACCUUGACCAAACUGUUAAAGACCAAAUUGUCUAAAUACCAGACAGUUUAUCAUGUUGAUCAGUCAUGUAAUUGACUGGACAAUGAGUGAACACCUGAAUUAUCACUUUAACUAAAAGCACUCUGAAACCAGUAGGAGAUGAGGACUGGCAGGACCAAACCUUUAUUCACUGAAAGUAAGCCAUUACCUACCGUGUAGAGGGCCUUUAAGAUACUAAUUCUACAGCAAAGACUUGGUUCUUACCAAGAACAAAUGCAAAUCAAACUGGUGUUACUGACUGCUUCUGAGCAUUGUGGCUGCCAAGUGAUGGAGGCUAAAAGCAGGGGGUUAUAGAAAUGAGAGCAGAUACAAACAACGUGGCAUUUCUGAGCAAAUACUCUUUAAUCUAUUUUAAUCUUCUUGGAGUACCCGCUGCACCGGGUUCUGUAUGCUCAAAGCCAAUGUGUGUGUGUGUGUGUGUGUUGGGGGAGACGCACAUGAGACCAUAAAGUCUGUAUUCAAAAGUUAGCAAUGCUAAUUCAGUGUGCUUCUCCACAACUGACAACAUGCAUGACGCCAUUUGAGUUGAAUUGACGUGCUUUCGGUCCACCCACCUGGGACUCCAAGCAGGAUAAAAUAGAAAGUCUUAACCAUUAUUUACCAUCGUCUUGAGGUAUUUGUGAAAGGGUGUUCGAACCAGGUCUGCCUAGCAGCGCUAAUGCUAAACAUGCUAAAGUUGUUAAUAUACAACGGUGCUAACUUCCACAUCCACACAGACCACAACUCAGUCAUCAGGACGAUUUCCUCUUUCUUAUUUUGCACAGUUUUAAACUAUAAGAUUUAAAAAGUCCAGAUUUGGCUAUAAACUGAAGUUUAGAGUAAUUUAUAUAUCGAUCACAGUUUAAUGUCAGUGAGGAUUAUGCCUCUGCUGAAUUAAUUGAAUGGGAGAAGUACAUUGUACCAUGCGGUUCUGUGGGACAGUGCCAAUGCUGGGGGUGGGACAUACAAGCAUACCUCAUUCAUGGACUGAAUUUGUGUUUUUGGACAGUCAAUAUACUCUGUUGAACCUCACAAGAUAUUAAUAUUUGGAGGCAAACAUUUAUAUAGUAACCCAAUUAUAAUUUUUUCUAGUACAGCAUCAUAAAUCAGCCUUAGGACAUGUGACCUGUGAAUCUGUUGGAAUUUUGGGAAUGGGAUAAAAUAGUGAUAUUGUGUAUGAAUUACAACGCAGUUGUUUUGAAACUAAAAAUAUAACAUUUUAAUGUUAAACUUGUAAGGUAUGGUUGCCAUAAAAUGUAGUCUCUCCCUACAAUUAAGUAUAAUAUCAAGGAGAUAUCUGGUUAAUACUCUUAGCUGAGGUCAAUGAUUAAUAACUGUCUCUUAAACUGAGGUAAUAAAUCUGUCCUUAAAAGCACUUUUUGAAUCAACAGCAAUAAUUUAACAUUUAAACAGAGAAUUUCUUGAAAUCCUCCACAUAUGCGCAUCUUAACUGUGGAGAAUGUAUUCACAAAGUCUUAACGUGUACUACUUCUAGCAUUGAAUUUCAUCAAUUAGUCCAACAGAUUCCCCUGCAUCAAUUAAAUUGUUUCUACUGCUCGGGAAGAGGAAACUCACUCAGGAAGUGAAUGAUUUAUAUCAGUUUUCUAUUUUGUAGAAUUUUAAUCCAGACAAAAUGUCGAAUA